AAAUUUAAUUGAACUUUUUGCCGAUAUUAUUCGAUAUAAAAUUGAUUUGAUUAUUGAAUGAUUAAUUGAAUUUGAUAAAAAAAUACCGGAAAUUAAUCAAAAUUUUUUGCAAAAAAAAAAAAUGGAUGGAAAUUGUCAAGCAUAUCAAUGUGUUAAUGUUUAUCAAACAUCGGCUACAUCAGAAAAUUUAAGUAGGCAUGAAAUGCUUAAUUGGGUUGAUGAAUCAUUAGAAGCUGAUUUUAAAAAAGUUGAAGAAUUAUGUUCAGGUGCGGCUUAUUGUCAAUUUAUGGAUAUGCUUUUUCCUGGAUCGAUUCAAUUGAAAAAAGUUAAAUUUCGUACCAAUCUGGAACAUGAAUAUAUUCAAAAUUUUAAACUAUUACAAGCAGCAUUUAAAAAAGUUGGCUGUGAUAAGGAAAUAAUGAUCAAUAAAUUGGUCAAAGGACGAUUUCAAGAUAAUUUUGAAUUUUUGCAAUGGUUUAAAAAAUUUUUCGAUGCAAAUUAUGAUGGACGUGAUUAUAAUCCAUAUGAAGCACGUGGACGACAACCAAUGGGUUCAGCAAAUGCUUCAAAUCAUUCUGCUUCUGGUAUUGGUGGUGGUGGUCGAACAAUUGGCAUGAUGAACAGUAAACCAGCUGUUGUUCAAUCACAUCAACCACGUGCAUUUGUUCCAACAAACAAUAAAAUUGUCCAAUCUUCUACACGACCAUCCGGUUAUUCGAAUAAUAAUGUUCGAAAAAAUGAUAUUGAUACAGAUGUAAAAAAAUUGGAUGAAAAGAUGAAUGAAUUAUCCUUACUUAAUGAUACAUUGGCACGUGAACGUAAUUUUUAUUUUAGUAAAUUACGUGAAAUUGAAGUAUUAUGUCAAAAUGAAUCAACAAAUGAAGCCGAAAAAGAGAUUAAAGAUCAAAUAUUGAAUAUAUUAUAUGCAGUUGAAGAUGGAUUUACAUCACCAAAUGCUGUUGCCGGUGAUGAUGAUUAUGAUGUUGAUCAAUUGGCUGCUGAAGGAGAAUAUUAAUUAUUUUUUCCAUCAAUUCUGGACAACAAUUUUUUUCUCCACCAAACAAAACAUACAAACAACAAGAAAAUCUCGAUUU